AUGAUCGUAUUGUGUUCAGGGAUUUUUCAAAAUUAUUACGAAAGCAACGCAUUUGGAAAAAGUAACGAUGCAGUAAUCAAGCUUUCUGGUGUCGGUACAUUAAUCCCAGCAGUCAUAUACAUAUUUUUUUGGCCAUCCAAUCACCUGUAUACCUAUACUGGUCCAAAGGUGCUGCUCGGUAUAGGCACACUGAUGAUUUCCGCAGGAUUAGUAGCUGCAAGCAUGAUAAGCGAGAUAUGGCAGUUGUAUCUUUCUGUGGGUGUGUGCAGUGGAAUUGGCGUUUCGAUUCUGUAUGCGGUAUCUUUACGUGUUAUUCCUCAGUGGUUUCAUAAAAAGCGCAGUAUGGCGUUUACAAUUAUUAGCAGCAGUGCAUCGUUUGCUGGCAUCGUACUACCAUUUGUUGUUACACUGCUUAACAAUGCAUUAAACGCUCGAUGGACAUUUCGAAUUCUUGGCAUCGCCUUCUUGUUUCUCAAUCUCAUUGCUCUUAUUUUGAUCAAAGAGCGACCGCAAACAAAUAUACAAGGCGAUCAUGACGCUACCGAAAGCAAGCCCAAGGUUGGGAUGCUCAAGGAGACGAAUGUCAUAUUGUGGGGAAUAAUAAACCUUCUACAAGUAUGCAUUCUGUAUUUACCACCAACAUUUCUUCCAUCGUAUGCUACUUACAUUGGUCUUUCAGACAUACAAGGGUCCGCUAUUAUUUCCGUGAUUUGCGCUGCCGCGCUUUUUGGUCGCAUAUGCUUGCGAGCAACAUCGAGCCGAUUAGGAGUGCUGAACAUGCUGAUAUUUUCAACAAUUAUUUGCGGAUUGAGCUGUUUUCUUCUUUGGAUGUUCGCUUACAACUUUGCAACGUUGAUGACUUUUGCUGUAAUCUAUGGUUUUUUCUCUGGAGGAUACACUGCUUUAGGUGCUUCUGUUACCAUCCUUCUUGUCGGUUCUGAGAAUAUUUCUUUUACUUUAAGUGUUCUCUCCGUUAUUAACGGUUUCGGGACAUCCACGAUUACAAUUGCUAGUGUAAUUGAAUCACUUAGUUCUAGCGAGCCGUUUUUAACAUACAAGUUCUUGUGUGGCUGCACAUGUAUCGUAUCUGCUCUUCUGUUGAUCAUCAUCAAGCGUCGUCUUUAUACAAAAAUGCUCACAAUCCUGUGA